CCAACAACAUUCUGACAUGCAAUACAACAUGGCCGACAUGUUUUUUGGAUCCUACUAGUGAAAAGGGAAAUUUGUAGCCUGGAAUAUGCAGGAAGUGUUGUCAGUCAUGUUGAUAUUUACAAUAUGAUAAUGAUAAUAUAGUAAUAAUGACAACAAUAGUUAGAACUGGUAUCCAGAUCUCCAUCCUGUGAAAAACAAACGAAACCCAAUACAAGCACCAAUCAAUGUUUUCAAAAUGGCGGAUGCAUCGGCAUUGAAGAAAAUUGCUUGCCAAGCUAUAGAUAAUCACGCUCAAGCCCUACGACAAAUAAACAGGAAAAUUUGGGAAAAACCGGAGCUAAGUAAUCAAGAAAUGUUUGCCCAUGAAGUUCUAACGGAUUUUCUAGAGAGCGAAGGAUUCCAAGUGACACGUAAAUGGACAUUAGAGACGGCAUUUGGUGGUCAAAGUGGCGGGGACAGUGGUCCUUGUAUUGGUGUGAUCUCUGAAUACGAUGCUCUACCAGAAGUAGGACAUGCUUGUGGACAUAACCUGAUAGCUGAGUCUGGAAUAGCUGCUGCUAUAGGUAUUAAAGCAGCUUUAGAAACGUCUGGUAACCAGCUUGGUAAGGUGCUUGUGAUAGGAAGCCCUGCAGAGGAGCAAGGGGGUGGAAAACUAUUGAUGCUUGAGAAUGGGUGCUUCAAAGAUGUGGAUUUCUGCAUGAUGGUCCAUCCUACUCCAUCUGAUUCUACCAUGCCAUUAGUGCUGGCCAAUCGAAGUUUCUAUGUAACCUACAAGGGGUAUGCAGCUCAUGCAGCGGCAUUUCCCUGGGAAGGCAUUAAUGCAUUAGAUGCUGCUGUUAUGGCAUACAAUAGUGUGAGUGCCUUGAGGCAACAGAUGAAACCAACCUGGCGAGUACAUGGUGUGAUUCUUGAGGGUGGAGUCAAACCCUAUAUCAUCCCAGACAGAUCUAGACUACACUUUGUUGUAAGGGCACCCAAUGUAGAGGAUUUAAACAGGUUGAGUGAGAAAGUAAUUUAUUGCUUCGAGGGUGCUGCAAGUGCUACUGGGUGCUCUUUAGAGAUUAAAAAAUCAGCAGGAUAUUUGGACUUGAAAUCCAACAUAACAAUGGCCAGUUUAUAUCAAAAGAACACUGAGACACUUGGUAUCCAGUUCCCUUCUCUUGCAGAACAAAAGGCGAAAGUCCUAGGUUCUACAGACAURGGUAACGUGUCGUAUGUCAUUCCUUCCAUACAUCCCAUAUAUAGUAUCGAUAGUAUGGCUGUCAAUCAUUCGUAUGCAUUCACUGCAGCAGCAGGUACUGAUGUUGCACAUGACAAGACUCUGAUUGCUGCCAAAGCAAUGGCUAUGACAGCUGUAGAUUUAUUUUGUAGGCAAGACAUCAGAGAACAAGCUAAGCAAGAGUUCAAUGAGAUUCACUGUAAACAUUGACCAAGAGGUUGUUAACUAAGGUCGCAAAUUUGUGACAAUGAAAUAUCGAGGUAUGGUAUGGAUAAUACCUUUCAAAA